CCUUUUAAAAGAUAUAUUGUAUUUGUAUAUAAUUUAAUUUGCAAAAAUGUCAUCAAUGAUUGUUAUCCCAAGAAGUAUUAUAACUAAUGAAACCCCUCAAAACCCUCGUCUUGAAAGCACAACUCUUCUUCACUUUCACGAGAUCCAAUCUUCUUAAUCUUUUCUCUUCAAUCCCAGUUCUAAACGUCCUCUUCAUAGUUUAUAAAAAUACAUUCUUUCUCUGUUCGCGUUAUUUCAGCUUAUUAUAACCAACUCGUUCGUUCUAAAAAAAGAAAAAAAAAAGCCCAUCAAGAUCUAUAAAUUCUUUAUUGAAAACAUUCUUUAACAACAUUGGUGUAAUAAAUGGCUUCAUCUUCAAAUUCUCCAUGUGCAGCCUGCAAGUUCUUGAGACGAAAAUGCCAACCAGAAUGUGUUUUUGCACCUUACUUUCCACCGGAUCAGCCUCAAAAAUUCGCUAAUGUUCACAAAGUGUUUGGAGCAAGCAACGUGACGAAGCUUCUGAACGAACUCCACCCUCACCAACGGGAAGAUGCUGUCAACUCUCUUGCUUAUGAAGCCGAUAUGCGGCUCCGGGAUCCAGUCUACGGUUGCGUUGGUGUCAUCUCCCUCCUUCAACACCAACUUCGCCAACUUCAGGUGGAUCUUACUUACGCAAAAUCCGAGCUUUCAAAGUACCAGAACCAUAACCAUAACCUAAACGGUUCAGCCACUCAGGGACUUAUCGCCGCUGCUGCUGCGGCGGCAGCAGCAGCGACCCACCACCAAACCCUAGGAAACAACUUGAUAUCAUCAUGUUGCGGUGGCGGAGUUACUCGAGAGCAUCUGUUCCACCCACACCACCACCCGCCGUUCUUCACCGGUAGAGAUCAGCAAACGUCCGCCGCCAUCAGGGCUUUUGAUGUCAACAAUAAUUACGAUACUACCGCGAGUGUUCUUGCUAUGAACGUAUCGGCCAUUGGUAUUGGUCAGCACCCUCAAUUCCAGCAACCUAGAGCUGCUGGAACCGAUGAUCGGCCAACACCGAUCGAUCCUUCUUAGGGUUUUUAAAAGGUAAUCGGCGUCCAUAAAUUAUCUUUUCUUUAGCGUUUCGUGAUUAUUGCUUCAUUGUAAUGAUAUAACUACAUAUUACUCAAUCGAUGCUAUCAUAAUAUUUAUUUAUACUAUAAAACUUUAUAUAUAAUUAUACCAUCACUUUCGUUUUUCUCA